GAUCAUCAGACUCUUAACCAAUGGCUCAUCUCAAUCAUGUCUAUGAAGAUUUUGAACCCACAACCGAAUGGGCAAAAGAUGCUGCAUUUGACACCCUCCUCGUCUAUCUACCAGGUUUUAAGAAGGAGCAGCUCAGGGUUCAAGUAACAUCAGGUCGUAAUCUGAGGAUUUUUGGAGAACGCCCUCUGGUUGAGAAUAAGUGGAGUCGUUUCAGGAAGGAACUUCUCACACCAUCUAAUUAUUACACUAAUAAAAUCACUGCAAAAUUUGAAGGUGGUAUACUUAAGGUCAAGCACCCCAAGAUUAUCCAACAGGCACAUGAAAAUGCUUCAUCUGCAGAAACUUCUGAUCUUCAAAAGAGUGAACGUGAUGAGGCAGCUCACCAAGUUCCUCCCAAGACCAAGAUUGAUCAAGAAACAAUAAGAAACAACAUUAGUGAGAAUGGUGCUUCUCAGAAGAUACCUGAUGAGGAGAAGGAACUCAAAGACUCCAGCGGGAUGAAUUGUUCUCCAGAAAAUGAUGUAAACAAUUUUCCAGGAAAGACUUUGGACAACAAAAAGAAUGAAACAGGCAAAAUGCCAAGCACAAGUUGCUUGGAAACAGAAUUGAAGAAGCCAAAUAAAUUAGCAAAAUUGGUUGUGGCAGGUGGUUUUUUAGUUUUGGCGAUUGGGCUUUAUGUUAAAAAUGUUGUCACUUCUGAAGAAUAAGAGAACUAUAGAACAAUGUGUUCUAAUGUUCUAAACACAAUCAAUCAUUUCCCAAGCACAAAGUAAAUUCUUCAUGGGUUAUAAUUAAAGCAGGACAGUGUGAUCUUUUAUUUGGAUUAAAAUGUAAAUAAUGCAAUGCAGUCAACUGGAUUCAAAAUAAUG